UACAACGUAGCUUUAGUAUUGCCCAAGUUUUUACUUAGUUAACACAUCGAACGCGAAUUAAAAACAAAAUCGAAUAAUAUGGAUUGCGGUGGAGUGUUUGUGAAAUAUGUGCUAUUUAUAUUCAAUAUAUUAUUUGUGAUAUGUGGCAUUCUCCUGAUCGUGUUUGGAUCUAUUAUGCUCUCAAAUAUCGGUGACAUCAAGAAUGUCGUCAAUGCCUAUGAAACUCACUCAGUUCCUAUUGUCAUCUUGGUAUUGGGCUGUGUAAUUUUUGUAAUUGCCUUCCUAGGAUGUUGCGGUGCCAUUCGUGAAAACUCAUGCUGUACAAUGACGUAUUCCGUCAUUAUGUUCGCCCUGUUUUUGUGUCAACUGGCUUUGAUCAUUUUCAUUUGGACACAACGUGCUAAUAUAUUGCAAGCCAUGGAUAAUGCCAUUAAAACUGUAUGGGAUCAACGUCAAAACGAUAGAAGUGUCAUGGAUGGCAUUGAAUUGAGCUUCAAAUGUUGCGGUUAUACUUCGCCUACCGAUUACGGUAUGGGACCCGUUCCUAAUUCAUGCUGCGGCCCCUCAGCUACUUCCUGCAGUAUAGUGGAGGCAUUGCCACGCCCCGGUUGUAAAACGGCAUUCGAGAGAAUGUGGUCCAAGAACAUUGAUAUUAUUCGUUAUGCUGGUUUGGGUGUUGCCGGUGUUGAAUUAAUUGCUUUCAUUUUCGCCUGCUGUUUGGCCAAUCAAGUACGAAAUGCCCGUCGUAGGGAAUACUACUAAAA